CCACGCCCAACCGCUCCCGUCGCCCGAUCGAUCCGUCAGCUCCAUCAUCAUCUGAUUGCCGCCGCCGCCCAUCCAGCUCACACUGACCGCUACGUCUCACUCUCUCCUCCCUCUCCUACCCUCUCCCUACCUGCUACGAGCAGGGAGUAGCUCGGUGAUCACCGCGCGCUCCCGCCCGCAGCUCGUUUUAAGCCGGACACGGCAUGCGCUGCCCCGCCCGCACGGCAAACGAUGGCUCCAGCUUCCGCCUCCCUCCUCCCCGCCGCCGGCUCCAAGCGCCCCUUCGCCGCCGACUCCGCCCCCGACGCUGCUGAGCAAGAGCAGCCGCUCGCGCAGGUCACGUGUGGUGACCAGGAGAGCGCGGCGACCAAGAAGAACGGCCAGAGCCAGAGCGAGCAGCAGAAGCUGGAGUGCCCGCGGUGCAGCUCCACCGACACCAAGUUCUGCUACUACAACAACUACAGCACGGCACAGCCGCGCCACUACUGCCGCACCUGCCGCCGCUACUGGACGCACGGCGGCACGCUGCGCAAGGUCCCCGUCGGCGGCGCGUGCCGCCGCGGCUCCGGCGGCAACAGCAAGCGCCGCAGGUCCUCAGCCGAGCCCCACACGCCCUCGUCCGACUCGCCGCAGCCGGACCAGGACGCGGGCCACCCCGGCCCGGACCUGCCGCUCCCGGUCUUCCCGUUCCUCACCGACGGCGCCGUCUUCCUGCCGCAGUUCGACCUCGGGCUCGGCGUGUUACCGUGGACGACACCAGCAGCCACGGACCACCUCUACGACUGGCUCGCGGCGCCGUGGGGUGGCUGUGACGGGGCGCUCGCCCCCGCCGGCGCGUGGGACGACUUCGGCGGCCUCGAGCUCACCUGGCCGCCGCCGCUGCCGCCUGCCGGGAACUGACCAGCGUCAUCAUGUCAGUCAGCGUGUUGCCGGCGAGUUCGAGGCUCCUGUUUUAUCAUCGCAGCUCCGAUCUAGUGCUAAUUUGAACGGGAAAUUGUGCGUCUCCUGUGAACAACUGGACCACACUAGUUGUCUGAUUACCUAGCUCGAUUCAUUUUCAGGUUAUAUUUGCAUGUAUCAAUGUAUGGAUGUGGCUAGCAAGCGCAUGAGUAUCAGGCUAGUUGUUAAGUACUUUUCCUCGUGACUUGCAAUGUUUUGGUGGUCUAGAUAAACCUAAUGCAUGCAACUUAGCAACGUUUGUGAUUA